GAGAAGCGGACGGUUCAGCAUCCCGUCACCCGGGGUGUGCACACUCAGGACGGCUUCAACUCAGUCCAAGCCACCGCUUGAACGCACCAUGUCGAGCUCUCACUUCAAAACGCGCAACUGAGACACCUCCUUUCGGCGGGAAAUAUCUCUUUUCCUGAGGGGGGACAACUUUGCUUCUCGAGUGGCUUCUUUCGAAGAUUGAGUCAUGGGGUCACUUGUUGCUCUGCCAGCCCUGCUCCUUGUUUUGGGCUUGACUUCUCACGUGUGGACUCUCAACCCCGAUGCCCCCAACGUCUGCAGCCACUGGGAAAGCUACGCCGUCACUGUCCAGGAGUCCUACGCUCACCCGUUUGACCAGAUCUACUACACCAGAUGCACAGAUAUCCUGAACUGGUUCAAGUGCACAAGGCACAGGAUCAGCUAUAAGACAGCUUACCGGCGGGGAGUGAGGACCAUGUAUAGGCGCCGCUCGCAGUGCUGCCCUGGCUACUUUGAGAGUGGAGAUCUGUGUGUUCCUCUGUGCACAGAAGAGUGUGUCCACGGCCGCUGUGUGUCUCCAGACACCUGCCAGUGCGAGCCUGGCUGGGGCGGACUGGACUGCUCCAGUGCAAACACAGCCAAUGGAACAGGCUGCAAGAGCGACUAUUGGGGGCCUCAUUGCAGCAAUCGGUGCCAGUGCCAAAAUGAGGCUAAAUGCAAUCCCAUCACUGGAGCAUGUGUCUGCACCGAUGGCUACCAAGGAUGGCGCUGCGAGGAGCUUUGUGAGCCUGGUUACUACGGUAAAGCGUGCCAACUACCCUGCCAAUGUCUCAAUGGAGCCACCUGUGACCAUGAAACUGGAGAGUGCAUCUGUGCAUCGGGCUACACGGGUGCCUUCUGCGGAGAGCGCUGCCCCUAUGGCAGUCAUGGUCCGCAGUGUGAGCAAGGCUGCCCGUGUCAGAAUGGAGGUUCGUGCCACCACAUCACCGGCGAUUGUUCCUGCCCUGCAGGGUGGACCGGUUCUGUUUGUGCCCAACCGUGCCCUCUCGGCAAGUACGGCAUCAACUGCAGCAAGGACUGCUACUGCAGCAACGGCAGCCUGUGUGACUACAUCACAGGCCAGUGUCAGUGUGCAGACGGCUUCAGCGGGAGCAGGUGUCAAGAAGACUGUCCUGUGAACACCUACGGCCCCCAGUGCAACCAGAAGUGUGAGUGCGAGAAUGGAGCCAAGUGUCACCACAUCAAUGGAGCCUGCCUGUGUGAAACUGGCUUUAAAGGCUCCAAUUGCAAAGAACGAUUCUGCCCCUCGGGCCUCUACGGCUUCAUCUGUGACAAGUACUGCCCCUGCAACGCCACCAACACUGUGAGCUGCCACCCACUUUCUGGAGAGUGCACCUGCACGGCGGGAUGGACAGGACUUUAUUGUAAUGAGACCUGCCCACCUGGCUACUUUGGGGAGGGAUGCAUGCUGCCGUGUAGCUGCACCAACAGAGCUGACUGCCACCCUGUCACGGGGGCCUGCAUGUGUGCCCCGGGAUUUAUGGGUGAAGACUGUGCCACGGAGUGUCCUCCUGGUUUCUAUGGACCAAGCUGCAUGUCCACCUGCUCCUGCCACAACCAUGCCUCCUGCUCACCUUUCGAUGGAUCUUGCACCUGCAAGGAAGGCUGGCAGGGGGUGGACUGCUCUAUUCUGUGCACCAGUGGUCGUUGGGGUCUGGGCUGCAAUCAGUCAUGCUUGUGUGCCAACGGCGCUGCCUGUGACCCGGUUGAUGGCACCUGUACUUGUUCCCCGGGCUGGAGGGGAGAUCACUGCGAUGAGUCCUGUCCUGAUGGCACUUUUGGGCUGGAAUGCAGGGAGCGCUGUGACUGCAGUCAUGCUGAUAGCUGCGAUCCUGUGAGUGGGUACUGCCACUGCCAUCCCGGCUGGACAGGAAUCCAUUGUGAUAACGUGUGCCCGCAAGGCUUCUGGGGGAGCAACUGUUCACUCAGCUGCCCAUGUCAGAACGGAGGCUCCUGCUCACCUGAGGAUGGAACGUGUGUCUGUGCACCUGGAUACAGAGGGACCUCCUGCAGAAGAACGUGCUCGCCAGGCUUCUACGGGCACCGCUGUAGCCAAUCAUGCCCGGGGUGUGUGCACAGCAUGGGUCCGUGUCAUCAUGUAACGGGCCACUGCGAGUGUCUCUCUGGUUUCUCGGGCCCCUUGUGCAACCAAGUGUGUCCCAGUGGCAGGUAUGGAAGGGCCUGUGCCGAAAUCUGCCGUUGCACCAACAAUGGCACCUGUAACCCCAUUGAUGGAUCAUGCCAGUGUUUCCCAGGGUGGAUUGGGCAGGACUGCUCUCAGGUCUGUCCCUCCGACCAUUGGGGCCCCGAUUGUCUCAACUCCUGCAACUGUCACAACGGCGCUCAGUGCAGCGCCUAUGAUGGAGAGUGUCGAUGCAGCCCUGGCUGGAAUGGACUUUACUGCACUCAGCGCUGUCCCUCAGGUUUCUACGGCCGAGACUGUUCCGAAGUCUGCCGCUGCCAGAACGGCGGCGAGUGCGAUCACAUCACCGGCUCGUGUGCGUGUCGAACCGGCUUCAUCGGGACGAGCUGCGAGCAGAAGUGUCCUGCUGGUACUUUUGGAUACGGCUGUCAGCAGCUGUGUGAGUGCCUGAACAAUGCUACCUGUGACUAUGUAACUGGAACAUGCUACUGCAGCCUGGGGUAUAAAGGCAUUCGUUGCGACCAAGCUUCGCUCAUGAUGGAGGAGCUGAACCCCUACACCAAGAUUAGCCCGGCUCGAGGCUCGGAAAGACAGUCUGCAGGCGCCGUUAUGGGAAUCAUCUUCCUCCUCCUCAUCCUCAUGGCCCUGCUCAGCCUGUUUGUGUGGUACAGACAGAAGCAGAGGGAAAAGGGACACGAGAUCCAGCCAAGUGUGUCGUACACACAAGCUAUGCAGAUGACCAACACUGACUAUUCCCUCUCUGAGUGUGGCAGCACCGUGGCCAUAAAGACGGGUACAGCUGACAUCAACCAGAACCCCAGCAGCAGCAGCACUGGCCAGUGCUUCUCCAACCCCAGCUAUCACACCGUGGCCCAGUGCAAUGUUGUGUCGACCAUCUCCAGCAGCCUGGACGCCACACUGACCCUCAAAUCGAGCACCCUGAAAAGCCGAACCGGUUCUGACUGGAGAGCCUUCUGCAACCUCAAUGAUCUCGAUGUUCAACAGGGGGAGACACAGGCUCCGAGAGGCUCCAGAAAAGAUUACAUCAAGGGUUCCAUGAAGAGCUCCUGUACCCUGAACACGGAGAAUCCCUACGCCACUAUCAGGGAUCCCCCCGGGUUGGUGUGCAAGCACACGGAGAGUAGCUACGUGGAGAUUAAAUCCCCCUCCCACCGCGAGGUGCCCUUUGGAGGCACCGCCACCCUCCUAGGCGGUGCCACCAGGACCAUCUAUGAUGUCGCCAUGACAGAGCCCGCAGUGAAUGUUCUGCAGGGGCCCAACGGGAUGGCUACCGGCUUCUCCCAGAACCCUUACGACCUUCCCCUUAGCGCCCCCCACAUGCCGAACCACUAUGACAUCCUGCCAAUGCACCACAGCCCCACGCACACACCCCCAGAGAGCCCUAGCUCUCUGCUCUAGAGGACCCGCCCUGCACCUUGCAGCCAACAUCCAGGCAGGCCCUUUGUCUCCAUGUGCUCAACCAUGGACAAGGAGGAAAGUCCACACACCAGCAAUCAUUCACCUUUUUUUAUUUUCUCAGAUCCUUCAAACUGCUUCUCCCGGAUAUUUACGGAAUUGUUCCAGACGAAGCCAUGGACAGAUUAUAGACAAACUGUGAGUAAUGGUUAUGCCCAGUGAGGAGUGUACAGCUGCAAAGAUUUAUGAUGUAGAGGCGUCACAGAUGAAAUAAAGUCAAUCACAGCUCACCUUCUCUGACAACAUGGAUAAAAAGCAUGGAUACAUAAAAAAAAAAAAAAAGAAUAA